CGUCUACCCAAAUCAAUCAAUGCAUUUUAAGGUUAUUCUGGAUGGCAGACUAGAGGAGGCUUGUUCUACACUCAUACUCUCUCCGAGUUUGUAUGUAGAUUGGGAUGAGAUUACUAGGCUUGAUAACGCACAUAAGCUGGGUAGUAGAACCCCAGUGCUUUUACAAGGAAAUACAAACGUGGAAUUGCCCGAAGUAGCGCUAGAUAGCGAUGACAACAGAACUAUCGUUCAGUUCCAUACAAAUCACCAGCUGAUAGAAGUACCUGUCCAUGGUAGAUACCCUUUAGUUAAGAAAGAACCAACGAGCUACCUGGAAACAGGCGUCGUUGAGAGCACUCUGAUUAGCUCUUAUCACUCAUGUGAUACUAUACAAUCAGAUAGUCAAUAUACCAAUACAGUAUAUUUACCAACCGGAUCUAGCGAUCAUGAACAAAUUGUCGGUCGUGUUAAUGUCACAAUCACACUUCUCGCGUUUGCUUUCAUUAUUGGAAGUGUCAUUAAACAGUUCUCGCGGGGGCUUCAUGUCAAAACAGAAUAAUAUUAUGCAUAUAUUUUAGUAAUAACUAUAGUAAUACACUGAAGCACCUGAAUUAGUCCAAAUCAAGUGGUUAUACAAUCACUUAUCUGAUAAAAGGGUGGAAGGACCAAACAAUACCAUACUCCAACGUGAGAGAAUGAAUACAGUUUAGAACCCUCCGACAGUAUGUAACUGUCCGUCAAUGAUACGACAAACAACUUUCAAUGCAGUAUAUUGUUGUUGCCUGCAGAUGCAACCUCCUUGAUUAUACUGAAUUGCUGCUCUUUAGCAAAACCAAGAACAAGCGAGUUUGUUGAUAACUUUUCUAUCUCAACUAAGUGACUCCCGAAAGAUGCUGGUAGGCGAGUACGUAACUCUACACGCUUCUCACGAAGACGUGUCCAACGUAAUCUCAAAGCUGAGUAUAAAAGCUAACUCAAACAUGCUAAAGCAUUAGCUUUGCAAUUCCAGAGGCAAAAACAUUGUAAUCGAGUGUCGUAUGAGAAGUUCCCCAAACUAAUGAGCAAACAUACUCAGGAUAUCUUAUGGAACAGAACAGAAGUUCGUCUAUCAACAAAUCACGCUUCCGCGUUCAUGCCGACACUCCUUUUAGCCAUCAUUAAACCAUCUGUUAAGACGGAAGCUCAUGGAAUAUACCAGAGUCACUAGAGCGCUUUCAGACUCCAAGAUGGAGUUUGAAAGUGCUGCCAACCGACCUAAAUUGCUCGCUAAAGCAAAUAGGACAGUGAAAGAAGUGAUCAGCCAUUCAGAAAUAUGUCUGUCGCGUGAAUCUAAGGUAUUUUAAAGCUACAUGUAGGGAGAGUCAGAACGUACUUAGCCAAGCACUGGCUCUGAUGCCUACGUGAAGAGCAGACCUUAAAUCAGCAAAAUAUAAAGAAUAGACUGUAUUGAAACCAUAGGUUAGGAAAUACGCGUCUGCGCAACUUGUGAGUGACGGAGUGGCUAUUACGACUAUGAGCCCGAUUUUACUACGUCAGGCAUAGAGUGGUACACUAGAAAGCGCUGUAUUUG